GUUGGAGUGGGAAUGCGUGGCCUGUGAUUGGCUGAGAGGGCGCAUAGAGACCGCCCACUCGUACUCUACUUUCAGAGAAAUGCAUUUGAUUUGAAUUUGUGUUCAAAAAACAGUUUUAUUUGUGUCUCAAGUGUUGUCUCAAAGCGUGUAAAGCAUUCACUACUUAAACAAUUGUCUCCUUUUGUUGACCAUAAAUGGCAUCCAAUCUGACGACCGAUCACUUCAGACAAUUGGUCCGAACGGAGACCAAUCGCAUGAACGAGUCGUGCGAUGAGUGGACACACAUUAUGGACACCGAAACGGGUAUUACUGAAGAAGCGUUCGGUCAGAUCAGGUCCACAAUCGGCAAAACACACCUCUUUAUAAACCAACGCUUCAAGCAAUUCAUUGGUCUCGUCGACGACUGUCAGUACAAGAGAGGCCCCAAAGAGACCAAAGUGGAGGAC